UUUAAUUCGACUACCGGCGGACAAUGGUUAUGCCAGCGCUAGAUGUGGCAAUUUAAAAUAUGUACGGACAAGGGUACAGCUGGGGCUGUGUAGCCACGAGAAAUACUGCAUUCCUCAUUUAUCUUCGGUCUUCUAUACUAAUAUAGAUCAAGUGUUAUAGACCACUUUGGGAAUCACUGGUAUAAAUCUAUCUAGAUGUAAAUCUAGAUUUAGCACAAAUCGCCACAGUGAAUUUUAGAUCUGCAAGUUAGGACAAAACAACCGAACAAGAUAAGAACAAGUUUUUUUUUUUUUUUUUGUAGUUAUUUCCCUUUAUAAUGAUGGCGGAACGCACAGGUGUUGUUCGUGACGAACAGACGGGAGAAUUAAUAUUACCAGCUACACAAAGGCCUGAUGGUACUUGGAGAAAACCAAGACGAGUGAAAGAUGGUUAUAUUCCACAAGAGGAAGUUCCUGUAUAUGAAACCAAAGGAACGCAAUGGGCAAAAAGUAAACCAGAUUACCCUAUAGGUUUGAAUCCAAAUGAUAUAGAAAAACUGCGCAUAGCUAAAAAUAAAGAUUCAGAAAAAGUACCGGAAAAUGUACUUUCCAAAGCGGCAAAGAAAAAUGCAAAAAGAAAAGAAAAACGAAAACAAACCCAAAAUAUAAGCAGCACAUCAUCAAUUGAAAAUUCUAAACAAAAUGAUGCACCCAUAAGAACCGAAAAUUUAGAAGCACCCAGCAGCGAUGUUAUUACCAAAGAUGUGAUCUCCAAGAAAAUUAAAUCAUUAAAAAAGAAAUUGAGACAAAUUGAGGACUUGGAAGAGAAAAUUAAAAGUGGAAUACUUAAAAAUCCAGAAAAAGAACAAUUAGAAAAAUUAGAGAGAAAGAAAGAAAUAUUGGAUGAGAUUGAAGACUUGGAGCUUGAACUGGAUGAUUGAUUCUCAUCUUUUGUAAAUAGUGUGUAAAUAGUGUAUACCUGAAAUGUAUGUAAUUCUGUUGUUGUAAAAGAUAUUUUUGAAACAAAAAAAUGUAUAUUUGUAUAAUAUUAUAUGAAAAUUACAUUUAGAAAAUUCAUAUUUGAAGUAAUAAGUUUUUCUUAAAUCUACAAUAGAAAAUAAAAAAUGUAAAUUCUGAUUAUCUUCACCAAUAUUUUGAUUUAUCUUUAGUUUUCAAUACAAAAGAUGUAUAUUUGUAUUAAACACAGAAUAACACAAUGUCAGUUCAUUUUCUUUAAGAUAUUUCCUUAAAUAAAAAAAUAGCUUACAGUUAAUAUAUAUUUCAAGAUCUCUUGGAGAUCCAUGCCCUUCAUUUAAAGGUAAAAGAACCAGUAUCAGUAUUUCAUCAUUUUGAUUUAAUUUUAUUAUGGUACCACAAUAAACAUUUUUCUGUUUUUUUUCA